AAGCAAAUGCUCUUUUUCGUAUCUCGGUUAAGAGCUUAACAUUGUAGGAACUUGUCAGUUAAAAAUAUAGCAAUUGGUGUUUAAAGGUUAUAGAAAAAAAAAUGGUAUACUUUGUGACUACGCUUAAAUUUCAUUUGAAUCAGCCUUUUUUUUUAUAUUUUUAUUGUGUGCUAUCUUUAUAGAAUCAACAUGAAUGGCAAACGAUCAUUAGGUGAUGCUUUUACAUCCGAUAUUAAUGAAAAGGUUGUAUCCAUCAUUGCAAAAGAAACUGGGUUUCAAGGAAUCCAGCCACAAGCACUCGAUUCCUUGUCAAAUAUUCUAGGCUCUUACAUUGAGAAAAUGCUGAGUUCAGCCCAUUUGUACGCAGAAUUAGGUAAUAGAGCCAAGCCUAAUAUUCACGAUAUCACGAGAUCGUUAGAGAAUGUGGGUGUUCAAUUAAGUACAUUUCAAGAAUAUUUAACGACACACUUGAAUGAUAACGAGACAGCUGCAAAGACAAGCAAAUUCUUUAAGACAGUCAAAUCAAAUAAAUCUACCUUGGAGGAAAUACCCGAAUUCUUGCCUUCUGAAAAUGAGGAAUCGGAAGAGGAAGAAGAAGAUACAGAGGGAGGCGUACCAACCUAUGUGCCGCGUCAUCUCCCUUCAUUUCCCAGCAAGCAUUCAUUUAGACAAACACCUAUAUAUAUCCAAAGACCCGAUGAUCCACAAAAAGUACGAGAGUUGAAUUCAGAACAAUCGCGUACAGUCGAAGAGAACCUGAAAAAAUUAAUGUCUGCCGAAAAUCAACUGUUACGGCAAGCCAAUGUUGAGUCUGCUACUGCAUUACUCUCCAACACCACCAACAGUAGUAACAAUAUUAUUAUGCCGAUUGUGAACUAUGAAGGCUUCAUCCAGCGAAGAAAGCGAUCGAAACAAUCUGGCACAACUCUCAAUGUAGAAGGGUCUGAUGACCCAAAGGGCAACAUUAAAAAAUCGACGGUUACGCCGAUGGGUGAUUGCUCGGAAAAGCAAUUUCCAUGGUUCAUUUUCUGA